AGAAAGGUUUGUGCAGGGCAGCCAAUGGACAACUUGACAUUCAAAAACAGCAUCCUACUAGUGGAGGGACUGAAAGUCACUCCUCAGACUUCGUAUCCUGUGUUCUUUCUGCUUUUCUUGGUUUAUGUCUUUGCAAUGGUAUGCAACAUUGGACUUAUAAUUCUGAUAUCUACAGAGAAGAAUCUACAUCACCCUAUGCAUUUUCUGUUCUGUAACUUACCAGUAAAUGAUAUAAUAGGGACCACUGUCAUGUUGCCACGCUUGAUGCAGGACAUUUUAAAGGAAACAUCGGAGCGCUAUAUCACUUAUGUGGAGUGUGUUAUUCAAGCUUAUUUUGUACAUAUAUUUGCAGCAGCAAGCCAUUAUGCCCUAAUGAUAGGUCUCACUAUACGUCUAUCUCACUGCAGAUUUAAAAUUGAAAACCCUUUCUGUGACAAUGCUUCACUGUUUAAACUGUCCUGUGAAAAUGUGUCUAUUAAUAAUGUGUUUGGAAUUAUUUAUACUGUGAUUGUUUUUACUUUCUCACUUGGGUCUGUCUUUAUAACGUAUCUCAAGAUUGCUACUGUAUGUAUAACUAGCAAAAAUAAAGCACUCAAUAGAAAAGCCAUAAAAACCUGCAGCACUCAUAUAGCUGUUUAUUUAAUCAUGUUUGUUUCUUGUGCCACCAUGGUUUUUCUCCAUCGUGUCCCUGAAUUAUCUGAAAAUAGAAAAAUAGCUAGUAUAAUGUUCCAUAUUGUACCACCAGGAUUAAAUCCCCUAGUUUAUGGUUUACAAACCAAAGAGAUUAGACAAAAUCCCCUACUGCUGGUGAGCAAAUAUAACAAAGAAUAUGGAAGUACCACCCACUCAUCCACCAAGGGCUGCGAGUCUAAAUAG